GAACUUCGGAAUGCCCGGAUGUGGAAGCGCGCACCGUCCGGAAUUCCGGGUCUCUUCACCGCCCCUCCCUCCGGCGAGUCGCCGGCACUCAGCAUGCUCUGAGUGAUGGGUCAGGAGAGGAUCACGCUCCUCCUCUUCCUCCGCUUUCCAUCUUUCGUCACAGUGCCAUCUCUUGGUUGACUAAAACUUAAAGUAAUCAUCCUGGAGCAAAAGACAGAAACGUAACCUUUUCUUGAAGCCUGGCCAGUUCCCUCCGCAAAAUCUCGUAACUACGAAGGUUAAGUUACUUUUUCAGCUCGCCCUGUGGUUCCCACCGCCCAUGUUAGGAGGACCAAGACUCUAUGGUUGGUGGUGACGAAGGGCCUUUUUUGUCGGAGCGUGCGCAGUGAGAGGUGGGUCCGCAUGCGCGCUGAGGUUGGGCGAAGCGCACGCUGAGGAGCUUCGGCGUCCGGUGUUGGUGUUCCGAGUCUCAUCGUUGCCAUUAAGGAGCGCGGCGUGGGAUCCUAGUUCGGGAUUCACCCAUACGCUUCAGGAUGCCAGGUCUAAGUUGUAGAUUUUAUCAACACAAAUUUCCUGAGGUGGAAGAUGUAGUGAUGGUGAAUGUAAGAUCCAUUGCUGAAAUGGGGGCCUAUGUCAGCUUGUUGGAAUAUAAUAACAUUGAAGGCAUGAUUCUUCUUAGUGAAUUAUCCAGACGACGUAUCCGUUCUAUAAACAAACUGAUCCGAAUUGGCAGAAAUGAAUGUGUAGUUGUCAUUAGAGUGGAUAAAGAAAAAGGAUAUAUAGAUUUGUCAAAAAGAAGAGUUUCUCCAGAGGAAGCGAUCAAAUGUGAAGACAAAUUCACAAAAUCCAAAACUGUUUAUAGCAUUCUUCGCCAUGUUGCUGAGGUAUUAGAAUAUACCAAGGAUGAGCAGCUGGAAAGCCUGUUCCAGAGGACUGCCUGGGUCUUUGAUGACAAGUACAAGAGACCUGGAUAUGGUGCCUAUGAUGCCUUUAAGCAUGCAGUCUCAGACCCAUCUAUCUUGGAUAGUUUAGAUUUGAAUGAAGAUGAAAGAGAAGUACUCAUUAACAAUAUCAAUAGGCGCUUGACCCCACAAGCAGUCAAAAUUCGAGCAGAUAUUGAAGUAGCUUGCUAUGGUUAUGAAGGUAUUGAUGCUGUAAAAGAAGCCCUGAGGGCAGGUUUGAAUUGUUCUACAGAAACCAUGCCCAUCAAGAUUAAUCUAAUAGCUCCGCCCAGGUAUGUGAUGACAACAACAACCCUAGAGAGGACAGAAGGCCUCUCUGUCCUCAAUCAGGCUAUGGCAGUCAUUAAAGAAAAGAUUGAGGAGAAGAGGGGAGUGUUCAAUGUUCAGAUGGAGCCCAAAGUGGUCACAGAUACCGAUGAGACUGAACUUGCAAGGCAGCUGGAACGGCUUGAAAGAGAAAAUGCAGAAGUGGAUGGAGAUGAUGAUGCAGAAGAAAUGGAAGCCAAAGCUGAAGAUUAAUGUUUUGGAAAAUAGUCCAAAUUAAGGAGUACGAAGCAGCCCUUCCUGGCUGUAAGCCCUAGACUUGAAAGUUUUCCAGUAUUGAAAACUUCAAAGCUGAAUAUUUUUAUUUCCAAGUAUUUAAGUAUUGAACAAGCCAGAAUCUAAAUGCCCUCCUUCAUGUCAGCUGUUUUCACAUAGUGGCUCUAACACCUCAAGCGUUUUUUAAGGGAGUGGCUUGAUUUGACCAGAGACAAAUCUUAAACAGCAGUCCUAAUACUGGGCUUGCAGUUUCCAUUUCUGAUGUCUCUGGAUUGGCACCCUUAUGGUUCAGAGAUUUACCAGGGGCUCCAAACACAAACAAUCCCAAUCUUUCUAUAUAAAAUGUAUUCAAGCAAACAUCAAAUAAAUUUCUGGGAUAUUUAAUUGUAGGUUUCUUCCUUCUUGUCACCACUUAAAGCCAGUCUGAAUGCUCAGACCCUGAUUAUCUUCAUAUGGUAGAAGUCGAUGGGCAAGUAAUCAAAUGACCUAUGCAGGAACAGACUUUCCAAAGGAAUGUUAGAGAAGCAAGUAGGAAUUUGAUCCCUGGUAGAAAAAAAACCUUGAAAUUCAGUUAAAGAAUUAUGUGCCUGUUAACUUAUUUGAAGCCAGUGAUAACUUGUAUGAGAGAAGUCGUCACACUCAGUCCCUUUGGUAUAGACCAAGCUACUUACCUUGAAUUCAUAAUUCAAGGCUUAUUUAAAGUGCUGCUGCUUAGAUGUAGUUAUUUUAAGCAGCAUCAUGAAACUGAAGGGGCCAAUUUCCUCUAUCUGGUAGGUGCUGCCUAGGUCUGUAGUUGUUUUA